AUGUCAUUCGAUCUGUAUGAAUAUGCUGGCAUGUCCGUGAUAUGUGUUUUGGCCUUUCGAUCCGUUCUAAACGUGGAGAAUUACGAUUACACAAUUUGUUACAGCUUGAAGGAUACGAACAUGAUGAGAUUCUUGAAUGCAAUGAUGGAAGGUAAAAUACGGUGCUCAUACUACCGUACAUGCAAUCAUGUGGGGGGAGCACCAGAGCAUGACGAAGAUGCGAGUGGACCGUUCCUUCAUAAACGCAGAAAGACAGAAGAAAGAUUCUCGGACCACAGUAAAGCGCGAACAAACCUUGGAAGAAACAAAACAUGCACAGUUAUUGAAAUGCCUUUCACGAGAUUGCUCUAUGAAAAGGCUGUCAUCACGAAGGAGAGUGAUGAUGUCUGUAUACUCUCACAGGAGGAAAUACACCACAUAUUCAAGUACAUUUACACAAAUUUAGACAGUAAUACAUGGAUAACACGCUGUAUUUGCAUGAGUUUGCAGAAAAACCCCAACAUUUUCUUUUCGUUAUCCGAGUACCACAAAAACUGUUCAAUUUUGAGGAAAUGCCACGGUUCGUAUCCGUUUCACGGUGUGCAUGACUUCAGUGACGCCCUGAAACAGUUCAGAGAUACCGUCAAUUCAUCUAUGCAACUUUCACUUACGGACGGUGGUAAACCCGUAGCCUACCUGUACGGCAACAGGAAAAUAGGAACAAAUAACACUGCAGAUGAAACACCGCUAGACGAGCUGAAAGUUGCUUUUUUGUUCAAGUACCUCGAUGUUGAGUUUGAGUACCUAAGACAGAAUGUCGACAGGUUCUACGAUAAAUUUAAGUUCAAUAACCACAGUUCAAAACUAACAAUUUUUGUGGAUGGAAGUUUGCAGUUGGACAGUGCCAUAGACCUGCUAAUAAGAAACUCAGGAGUUGAAGCAAAACUGAGUUGCAUUUGUACACACGAGUUGUCGGCACAGCACCAUGUCGAACGUAUAACCUGCAAAUUUUCUGGAUACUUUUCUAGAGAGGAGAUGGAAGCGUUCAGAAAUUUUGAUCUGCUCAAAAAGCUACGUUCGGUUUAUUAUGUUGUAGAUGUGGUAGGCUCUACACUCAGUCCCAUAAAAACAAUCGGCAUGUGCCUUUGGAGCCCAUCGAGCAGGAACAUUCGUGCAAUUCCCGGUGACGUAACUGAUCUGAAAUGCGAUGGACUGGUGGUUUGUGGCAACCUCCUUUUUAAGAAGCAGUUUGAGUCCAUCACAUGGCGUAAAUUAAUAAUCAGGCCUAAAUGGACUGUCACUUUCGUGUACGGAUGCAGAGUAUUGAAAUUGUUUGACGUAACAGGCAGGAUAAACCUGUCAGGUAUUGCCGGUUUGCGUAAGGUACUUCUAUACAAGCGCAGAUCACAGCUGUGCUUUCAUGAGAGCAGAGCAGAUUUAUCAAUUUCGCUUCGUAUACGCUACGCAAAGAUCAAUAACGAGGUAGCCAUCGAUCAUAACGUUGAUGAAAUAUGUUUCCAAGGUGUUGCUUCGCACAAACAACUAACGAUAGCCAUUAACAACGCUACCAAUGUUGAUAUAAGCAAAUCAUCGGGAAGGUACCAUUUUCAGGGAAAUGUAAGCGGUACACUACGCUUCACACUAUCAACAGUUUUUCAGGUAAAGACAAACCAGAAUUUUACAAGGCACUUUGAGCUUGCAGUGUGCUGUAUUAGCACAUCGAUUGUGAUAAUUGGUGAAUAUGACACGGUUACAUUGCACAACGUAGAUGUAAAGAGCUAUGCAAUCUUUACCGUGAACAGUAGUUGCAGAAACUUAGUAAUAAGGAAAUGCCGAGGAACAUUUGCUCUCUCCAUUUCCGGUCCCAUUGAUAAUAUAAGUAUCGAAUUUCCGGUAGAAUCAUCCCUAAACUUUAUGAUCGGAGGCUCGAUAAGCACAAACAGUCUGACAUUGUUCAACAUUUCAGAAAGAACUGCGCUUUUGUCCAGUUUACUGGAUAAGUUCAGCUUUAUAAAACACCUAAGGAUAGGCCGCCUCUCCAAAGAAAUGUCUCGGCCAAAUUUGGAGGAAUACCUCAUGCUCUACAGCCAAACACCUCCACAUGAUGCCAAUCUAAGACACAAUCACGGAAAUGAUUUGUUAGCUUGGCAAGCCGGUCCUGGCACUCCAACAGAAAACGAGCUGGCUACAACGCACAAUGAGAUACUAUCGGCAGUUUUUCACAAGCUGGCCGUUACUAAGAUUGAGAGUCUUGAAUAUCACAGGUUGUGGAUCAGCACUCGUAACUGCCAUUUCUUGCGCGAGUUGCCGGGUCUGAAAAAUCUAACAGCUUGUGUGGAAGAUCUUACGAACGAAACUUUUGCGUGUCUACCAAAGAGCAUACGAUUGCUGAACAUAUCAGGCUCGUAUAUAAAUAACGGAGACUGGGAAAUAGAACCGCUAUCUCUAAAUGCCUUAAAAACACUUCCUAAUUUAGAGGUAUUCAUAAUUGACGACGACUUCUUGAAGAAACCAGCUCGACUCAGUUUUUUGCCGCCAUGUGUUGAAAUAUUGGUGGUAAUGAACUGCAAAUUAAACGUUAUUGAUGGAAAAAUAGGUGCGAACAAGAUAAGAUUGUGCAAAUUGUACAUAUCAGCGUCCUUCGUCAUAAAUGAUGAUGAAAUUAUCGAACCUCAUACCAUAAAAUUUGACAGUUAUUUCAUGUCGAUAUUCAACUAUGUGGACCGUGAGUACCUCGAGGAGCUGUUUUACAUCACGUCAAAGAAGAGCUAUCAGAUGGAGCCCUCAACACUCAGAAUAGUAAAUGAAUGGAAUGUGGAAUAUGACCUGGGCAUUGCAAACAAUUGACCACUUGGGACAAAAUGCGCUAGCAUCACAGCUAGGUGUAUCUGAGCCCCUUCCUUGCUUCUUGUCGAGUCUAUUCAACGGACAAAAAUAUUUUUGACAGAAUGAUCU